AUGUUCGUCGAAGCUGCGGGGGCCUGCACAGACAUCUUCAACAGCCUCAUCGACCUCGAGAUGACGCUGCAUCUUCUCGUGGACAGCGGUGCCCUGAGUGCAACGGUCAAGGACGCACCCAUGAAGAAGAAGCUUGACGAGCUUGACGCGUUGGCUCAAGGUGUGCCUCUCGGGGAUAAGGAUGGUGGGUCGUGGACGAAGGAGGACCCGGAUAUAAAGCAGAUCAGGGAGUCGCUGGGGGAGAACACGGCUUUUGAUCCGCCCUCACCGAAGGCAGAUGAUUUGAGGAAGAAGGAGGAAGGAUGCGUAUGA